CCCGCGGGGCCCGACGUGGCGGAAGAAACGCGUAUCAUAGCGCGCGCGCAGCGGUCGGAGACUGUAAUGUCCUUCGUGCUCAACGUGUUGCGAAAAUGUGAUAUGGUUGCUCAGCGGGACUCGGUGCUAACCAUCUGUCACGUAUUGUGGAUGUGCAUAUUGUGAUAUUCAAACACUGUCGCCAAUGAGCGUACGUGUACUAGUAUUUCAUUUGAUUUUGUGUUUCUGUAGUGUUUAUUUGGAACAUGUUAAAUUGUCGCGGAAGACGAGGCAGAUAGACGCUAGAUGUGAUGGCGAAUGAUGGUGCAUCAAGCGGCAUGGAGCCGACUAGCUUAGAGUAUAUGGAGGAUCCAUAUUUUGUGCCGCCAGACGAUGACUCUACUCCAAGUUUCGAUGUCGCAGUGGACGAGUUGGAGGAGAUGGAAGAGCUGACCACCUGGCCCCGCGAAGAUCCUGAGUCGGAUUGGCGCGCGCUUCCUGAUCUCGCGGAAUCAGCAUUGUGUAUAGAAACUGAGUUUUAUAUGGACAAUCGACGCCGACGGCUUCGUAUAUUUAGGAAAAAAAUGCGUGAAGUGAGAGUUACAUUCCAAGAUCUGUCUAAGCCUUACCUUGCCAAAGUCUCCAGCCACACUAAUUAUAAGAAAUUUCUUGGGAUCACACCUGGAGCUGAAGAAGCAAUGCCUGGCGUGGGGGCGGCCGGAGAUGCGAACACCCCCGACGAACUGGUGGGGCUGACGCCUGAACAAGCUGAGCAACUCCGUGCCGAAUGGAGCCGCGAGCUUGCGCGCGUUGAAGACGAGAUUGCCACGCUGCGCACAGUACUCCAGAGCAAGAUUCGUCAAAGCUCUGAAUUAAAACGAAAACUUGGCAUCACCGUGUGGAAGGAGAUCACCGAAGACGUUAAUCAGGGUAUAAAGAAUGUGAAAGAAAGCCAAGUCUAUCAGUCGAUAGAAACUCGCGUGUCUGCGCUUACACAGGCUGUGACUGAAGCACCGAUAUACCAAAAAACCGAAUCUGUGAUAAAAACGACGGCGGAGAAGACAACCUCGAUCCUUGGCGGUAUCACCGCGGGCGUCACCAGCAAGCUUGGCCAGAUGCGCAACUCUGAGUCCUUCCGCUCUAUAGAAGAGCGGGUCGGAACUGCUUAUGAGAAUGUUAAGGGGAAAGUGGCAUCUAGAUCUAAUUCUACGCAGAGCUUCGACGAGGCGCUGCGCGACGCCAGUCGCGCGGCCAGUGGCGCCACGUCACCCACAAUCCCCGAGAACAAACCGUUGCCCUAAUGCGGCAUCCUCGUAACUACACUCCCCGCACGGCCUCUGUGUAUCUCAAAAGAUCAUUCCACAUUCUAUACAUAUUACACAACCAAUAUUUCAGCAUUGACGUUGGAUAAUUUCGUUCCGACGCUUUUAUCGUUACGACAGCGGUGUAGUUGCGAUGUUUAACGGUGAUUCUCCACAAACUGGAAAAUCGCUCAUACAAAGCUGUCCUGGCAUUUUUUUAUACUAAUGUUGAAUGAAACGUAUCGACAUCCAGCUAAAUAAUUACAAUUCAGUGAAAUUAAAGUACACUCAAAACUAAACCAAACCAACAACAAAACAAAGACUGAAAAUAAAGUUUACUUAGAAAAUCAAAAACAAUGUCUGGAGACAGUUUACGUACACUAACUAAGGCGGAUAUUCUAUGACCACUGUCCGCUUCCGUAGUCAGACCCCAAUUACCUUCCAUCUCUACCGUCACUUGCUCAUCGAAGCACAAACUCAUGGGUCACCGUUUAACUGUAGUCAUGGUGCGCGGCAGGAGUCUGUUUAUUUGGAUCAAAGUUAAUGUUCCGUCUUAUAUUUGACGGGCAUAGCGAUUUUCUAGUUUAGAGAGAUUCCACCAUAUGUAGCUAAAUGUCGCAAUUGUUGUGUAUACAUAGCACUGUGAAUAUCAUGUAGCGCAGCAGCAAAAUGGGUACACCCCUACCACGAGAUCACUAAUCUAUCAUGUCAAACCAAAACACUGCAAGUUUUUCAAUAGAACAAGCUUAUUUUCCUAAGUAUAAUUAUACUGGUUGGAUAUAAUUAUUUAACAUCUAAUGUAUGAAGUAAAUGUAUCUUUGUCAUUAACGCGAAAAAUUACAAAAAACCGAAAAAGUUUUUUGCUAUUUCUCAAAAUGCUGUUUUAGUGUAUUGGUUUGACAGCGUAGUAAUGUAUAGUUAUUUUACGUAUAUACGAUCAUUAUGUUUCAUACAUUUGCACUCCACCUAAAUGAAUUGUAACUUUAAUUGCACGAACUCUCAUUUAUGUCCAAGAUAGUCGACCUAUUUUGAAAAUUGUCUAAAUUAAUUUUGAACAUAAAAAUGUCGUAAUACGUACCUAAUGAGUUUGAUAAGAUCCGAGUACUUUUGAUGAAUACAAAAACGGAAAAACUGUAAAUGCACUUUGUGGGUUCAUCUUGUAUGAUUGCAUUGACCGCAAAAGUAGCUUACAAUUACAAGACCGGUUGCGCAAUUUUAGUAAUGCUGGUUUGGUAAUCUGUCUGUCUGGCGGUGCAGUUGCAAAAUAGGUGCAAUAAUACAUUUCAACGAUGAAUUAUCUACGUGUAAGAAAAUUGGAAAAGAGAGUAGGUUUUUGUAGUUUUUUUUUUUAAAGUAUUUAGGGGUUUAUUAUUUAUAAGCCACGAAUUAUUAUACUUAUGAGAAUUUAUAUGUAUGCGGUGUAUUGUGUAUCAAUGCUAAUUAAACGCAAACAGUAUUUGUAGCGGUAUUGUUUCUUGGUGGCCCAUUCGUAAUCUAAGACUGUUGUGCGGGUAUUUUAAUCACGUUUCUUUGAAUUUGUGUCUAAAGUUGGCCUUCUAUCACUAUUACAAUGUCUGUUUAGAAACGUUCAUUCACUUUUGAGAAGUCGUAAGUUAUCCAAUAACGGAGAAUAUAAUUUUCGGGGUACUCUACAAAUUUCGCAAGAGUUAUCACUUUUGUAAAUUAUAUUAUAAGUACAUGUUGAAAUCGCAAAGUUGUAAAUCC